AUGUCUUACGCCACUCCCAACCCCAUUCCACCAACAACGAUACUUACAUCCCGCCCCAUCUCCCAAUCUGCCGCCCUCGACUUCCUCAAAGCCUACCUCGACCGCGCCGCCAAUGACCCUUCCCUUCAACCCAGCGCUAUGAUCACCGAACAUGGCCCAGCCUCACGCACAACAGCCGCCGCACCUAAUCUCACACUGCACAAUCUCAAACGCAUCCAGGCCGGUCUUGCGGGCGAAAUACUAGGUCGGGAUUUAUCAUUGGUCACACCCACCGAGGCGGCAGCAGCAGCGCGAACACCAAAGAAGAGCAAAGGCGGCGAGAAAGGUGGUGAAGGACAAGAAGAGCAAUGGGAGAAUAAAGAACAGUGGGAAUUGGAACAGGGACAGGGUCUGGGAGCUGAUGAGGAUGGCACUGAGUUGCUAAAUACGACGACCGGGGAGGAGAUUGAGGUGGAUGAGGAUGGGAUGCCGAUAGCUGGUGCGAUCUCUAAAGAGGAGCGGAAGCGUAGAAAGAAGGAGAGGAGGGUUGCUGAGAAGAAGGCUAAGAGACAGCAGGCAAAGGAAGCCGGGGAGGAGGAGAUGGAGAUGAGUGAAUAG